AUGCAACAGUCGCGUCUGCUUCCUUUCUCAAAAAUACUACGAGGCAAAAGGAUGAAGAAGUGAAUACACUACAUGUUGGCAGAUGAUGCAAAAUAUCAACAUUGCAAAGUGUUGUGGAGAAAUAUUCUCUUUUGAAAGAAUAAUUUUCCUGUUUGUUCUUCAAGGUUGUUUUCUAGAUUCAGUCUCUAGCAAUUGUGAUGGCUGGUCUUUUAGUUUCCAAAAGUCAAUCACAGCAUUGAAAGGAUCCUGUGUGGAGAUUCCCUGCACUUUUGACUAUCCACAGAGUUAUGGAGAAUUCAACUUGAUUUGGUACUCUUAUGCAUUUUCUAGUUUCCCACAAGUGUUUAAUAAGAAAUAUCCCUCAGAAGUGGCACCAGAAUAUAGAGACAGAACACAUCUAGUAGGAAAUAGAACAAACAGCUGCACCCUGAGGAUCAAUCAUGUAGUAAAAGAAGAUGACUAUUAUCCAGGAAUAAAUGAAAAUAUUAACUCUUGGUUUUGCAAUAACAAGGAAUAUGUAUCAGUGAGAUUACAAGAGACUCCAGAUAAACCAUUACUGCAUGUGCCUGAGAACCUUACAGAAGGAAUUCCUGCGACUAUCUCCUGCUCUGUAAAGCACACAUGUCCCUCAAACCCUCCUUCUCUGAAAUGGAAUAUGACUGGUCAAGGCAGUGAGCGACAUGAAGAUCUAACAGGGGACUGGCAAGUUGUUUCAGAGCUUUCAUUUGUUCCAUCCUAUAAGGACAAUAAUAUACCUCUGAUGUGCACAACUGUAUAUCCAACUGGACAGGAAACAUAUACUGUACAGACCUUACAAAUUAAAUAUUCUCCAAAGGAUACAACGAUUGUAAUUAUUAGUGAGAAGAUUAAAGAAGGAGAUGAUGUAACAAUGACAUGUAAUAGUAAUGGUAACCCUAAAGUAAAGAAUUACAUAUGGUACAAAGUCAUAGACCAUAUCCCUGAUAAACUGCAAGAGCAUAAUAAUAAAAUAAUUCUAAAAAAUGUGAGCUGGGAGAAAGAAAGCUAUUACUGCUCUGCCAUAAAUGAAGUUGGAGAAGGAAGUUCUACAACAAUAAAUCUUCCUGUUCAGUAUUCUGCCAAAGGAGUCAAAGUAAAUCAAAAAAGAGUACAGAUUGGAGAAGCGGAAGUCUUUGUACUUGAAUGCCAGUUUAGUAGCAGUAACCCCAGACCAACACACUAUACCUGGAACAAGGAUGGGAUUCCCAUAGAUAAUGAAGUUGAAUCAACCAUUAGACUGUUUACUAGCAUUAACAUAACACACUCAGGCAAUUAUAGUUGUGUUGUGCACAAUGACGUGGGAACUUCUUCAUCUUUACCAGUAACUGUCACUGUAACCUCUGAAAAUAGCAAGGAUGAAAUUGCAUUAAUUCUUGGAGUCACCGCUGGACUUAUUGUUGUGAUAUUAUUGGUUCUAGUGUCAUACAUUUAUCUAAGAUGGGGAUUGUUAAAGAAGUCAUCUUCAGAGAACAAAACAAAAAAGAGCAAUACAAAUAACAAUAAUGUUCAAGAAGAAAUACCUAUGGAUGAACACCUCUAUGGAAAUGUUGAAGCUGGGCAAGAUUUCAGCCAUACAGUGGAUCCAGGUUCCAACAAUGUUCAGGAUCCAGAAAACAUCUAUAGUAAUGACGAUGCACUCUAUAGCAAAUGUAUGAAGAAAGAGGAAGAGAUUUCUUAUGUUGUUAUCCAGCACGAACAACAAAACAGAGUUCAACAUCAGUUACAGCAAAACGAAGAAACAGAAUAUAUAUUAAUUAAACAUUAAAUUGCUAUACACAAACUUAAGUUUUCUUGUUGGCUUUAAUCAAGCAUUAAAUAUUUAUCUUAAAAUUGUUUAUUUUAUUUUGCCAAAAUACUAAAACACAUUAUUAAACUUCCUUAAAACUUG